AUGGAAAACAUAGAGAAUCUUGAAGCUGCCAGGAAGUGCUUGCGAACCGGCUUAGAAAAAUCAAACCAUAUUGCUUCUGCAUUAGAUGAAUCAGGAUCAAGAUUGGAGCUGCUUAACCAAAGAUUUCAAUCCUUGGAAGAUGCAUUUGGAAUGCAAACGUGCUCACAUUUUGACAUUGGAGACCGCAUGGACAGUGUUCUUUGCUCUGCAGCUGCAGUCCUGAGAGUGUUUGAAGCUGUUCAUCAGCUCAAGAAUUCUCUCUUGACUGACCCCACCUCUGAUCUAUGUUCGUUUAUCUCACGCACAAAGAAGCUUGAAGAAGCACUGAAGCUUCUCACCGGUAAUUGCAGGCUGACACUUGGCUGGCUGCAGGAAAUUUUUGAGUUCUUAAAGGACAAUGCAAUUGCUAACGAGCAUUGCCUAUUGGAUGUGAGGAAAUCUUUGAGAAUACUCCAAGAAUUGGAGAUCAUGGAAGAAGGUGCUCGCCAUGAUGGAGGCCUUCUCAGUUCUUCCUUUGACAAACUAGAGAUUGAGUUCCACAGGCUUCUGAAGGAGAAUACCAUGCCUUUUCCUUUGGUCUCAUUAGCAUCAUCCAUUGACCAGCAUGGCAACGUUACCGCACAAGCAUGGCCAGAUUAUGUCACAGGGAAGUUGCAGGCCAUUGUCGAGAGAUUAAACAAUGAUAGGCUAGAUAAGUGUAAAUCUAUAUACGUUGAAGUUCGAGGUAUGAAUGCUCGAAAAAGUGUGGAGACUCUAGAUUUGAGUUACCUUGAGAUGACAACUGCUGAAUUUGAGGAUUUACAUGUCAUUGAGAGUUACAUAGAGCAAUGGGGCUGGCAUUUGGAGCUGGUUGUGAAGCACCUGCUUGAGAUGGAGUACAAGUUGUCUAGUGAUGUCUUUGGGAAAAUUGGUGCAGACGCAUGGAUGGGAUGUUUUGCUAAGAUUGCCAUUGAAUCAGGAAUUCUGUCUUUUCUUCAAUUUGGAAUGAAUGUUUCCGAGAGUAAAAACGAACCCAUCAAGUUGUUGAAACUGCUGGACAUAUUCCGAGUCCUAAAUGGUCUACGACUAAAAUUCAACCAGCUUUUCAACGGGAAAGCUUGUGAAGAAAUUAGAAGUGUGACAAAGGAUCUUAUCGAUGCAGUUGUGAAUGGUGGCAGUGAAAUAUUCUGGCAACUUCCAGCACAAGUUAAGUUGCUAAGGCCAAGUUCUCCUCCUACAGAUGGCAGCGUUCCUAGGGUGGUUAGCUUUGUAACUGAUUACUGCAAUCAGCUACUUGGGGAUACUUAUAGACCACACUUGAGGCAGGUUCUAGAAAUCCAUCUUAGCUGGAGAAAGCAAGUAUAUGAAGAGGGUAUUGUCUACACCCAAAUGUAUAACAUAAUUAAGGAAACUGCUAUUAAUUUGGAUGCUUGGUCAAGGGCCUAUGAAGAUAUCACUUUGUCUUACCUUUUUAUGAUGAAUAACCACUGCCAUUUCUACAAUUUGCGGGGUACUGAGCUUGGGAAUCUGAUGGGAGAUUCUUGGCUAAGAGCUCAUGACCAAUACAAGGACUAUUAUGCAGCACUUUAUUUGAAGAAUAGCUGGGAAAAACUGCUACCUAUUCUUGUAGUUCGAAAAGACUUGCUAUCAUCAUCCGUGACUGCCCAAGAUUUGGUCCACAGACUAAAGGCUUUCUAUGCGGCAUUUGAUGAAAGGUAUAGGAAGCAAGCCAACUGGGCAAUCCCUGAUGAGGUAUUGAGGGAAAAUAUAUGCAAGCAUUUGGUGGAAGGCAUUGUACCAACCUAUAAGGCCUACGUCAAAAAUUACAGCUUGUCAAUAGAAAAUGAUGCUAAGGCUGCCAAACAUAUAAAAUAUUCAGCGCAGAGUUUGGAGAACAUGAUUUGGUCUUUGUUUCGGCCCAAGCUGUGCAUGGAUCGGAGAAUCAAACAACCAGAGUUGAUCAGUAAAAUACAAGUGAGCAAUCAAUUUCGUUCCACUCUUAAUGCACUGUAA